AUGCGCGGAUCUUCACGGACAGAGAAGCAGAUCUCAACAAGGAAAAAAGUAUUAGAGACAAAGGAAACGGACAGCCUUUAGGAAACGAAAAAACAUCUAAAUUAGUUUUUAUUUGGCUUUAUGAAGGCUCGACGGUCCCUCCGCCGGCUGGAACCGGCCGGGGCAAAAGAAGCUCCAAGCUCAGCAUCCCAGUGAUGGAAAAUCCUGGAAAACAGCCGGUUUGGUGACUGGAGGGACACUACUGACAACACACAGGAUGGAGGAAGUGGAAACGCACCAGAGAGCGAUGACAAUGUGAUUUAGGAUUUUUGUCAAGAGGAUCCUAUUAUUUUCAAACAUCCUUUUUUUUUUCCAUGAAUAGCUGAGUUUAGCUUUCUACAUCCACUCCUGUUGGUGUUUAUUUACCGCCACCUCCCUCUGACAGCUGACAUAGGAGCACACAGACUCCUCUCUUCCCAGAGGUAGAGGAGCUGCUCUCCCACCGAUGUAGCCCCCUGAUCGUGGUAGUGGUGGAGCUGGAGGAGGAGGACGUGGUGGUGGUGGUGGCGGUGAACGUCCGGGAAUGGGGACUCCAUAUCCAGCCAGUGAGUGGAAGGAGAGGGGCCGAGGUGGACUGCAGGAGCUGGGCUGCAUGCCCUGGAAGGUCAGCAAGCAGAAAGCUGGAGGAGCGGAAACAGUUUUGGGGGCAGAGGAGAGGAGGUGCAGGGAAGCGAGGGACGGUCAGCCCCAACAGGAGCUGUCUUCCUCCUCUUCCUCCCUCACCCCACUGCCUCCCCAGCAAAUUUCGACGACUCCAGCCAUAUAUCACGAGAAGCAGCGGAGGGAGCUGUGCGCGCUACACGCGCUCAAUAAUGUCUUCCAGGAUGGGAUGGCCUUCAGUCGGGAAACCCUUCAGGAAAUCUACCAAAGGUUAUGUCCCAGCACUAUGGUGACGCCUCACAAAAAGAGCAUGCUGGGAAAUGGAAACUAUGAUGUAAAUGUCAUCAUGGCGGCCUUGCAGACCCGCGGAUUUGAAGCAGUGUGGUGGGAUAAAAGAAGAGACGUAGACAGAAUCGAGCUCUCCAACGUGGAGGGCUUCAUUCUGAACGUACCGUCCAAUCUGCGCUGGGGGCCUCUCCGGUUGCCUCUUAAACGCCAGCACUGGAUUGGAGUCAGGGAGGUGGGAGGGGUUUACUACAACCUGGACUCUAAGCUACGCAACCCUCAGCCUAUUGGCAGUCCGGAUGAGCUCAGGAAGUUUCUCCGUCAGCAGCUACGAGGGAAGAACUGUGAACUCCUGCUGGUUGUCUCGGAAGAGGUGGAGGCGCAUCAAACAUGGCGCUCAGAUGGCUAACAGUUGAAGCAACCAAUCACGUCCAGGGAACGGACCCGUCACAGGAAGCGGCAUGGAUGCACCCUUGCAGUUGUAGUCCUCUCCACCGCAUUUCCUCCUCCUCCUCCACGCUUCUUUUCCUGGGUUUUGUUUACACAGCAGUUGCUGAACACUCAUCUGACAUGAGAGACAAAGGAAUGAAGGAGGCAAACACUUCGCAGAGAAUCAAAGAAUGACUCUCAGUUCUUUCAAUCUGUUUCAAUCAGAUUCUUUUUUUUUCUAUUGUUUCCAAAGUUUUGGGAGUUUUGGAUGUCAGGAUAAAAGGGGAUUUUUUUACAUUGUGACGUUCACAUUCAUUGUUUUUCUAUUCUCUCCUUUAUGCGUUAUGUUACUCUAUAUUCCCCAUCCUUAACCUCCCACCUAAGUGCAUCCUUUCUCUGCUGUUACUGUACCCCCCCAACUUUAUCCAUCCAAUCACAGCAACACAGCAAUGCAACACUCAGGCCAAGUACGCCCUCUAGUGGAUAUUUGCUUCAGCUCGCUUAAAACGAUGUUAAUUCUUUAAAAGUAUUGCACUACACACAAAUGUUACCCUCUAGUAAAUGAAAAAGAUUUUUUUUAUUUUUCUAGGGUGAAUUUCUCUUUGGAUCAACUUUAGUCGGAUCUGUCCACCUGUAGAUGGUGAGGAGGAUUAUUUUCUGAACUGCACUCAGCCUUGUGUGAUGACUUGAUUGAAUCCUACUGACUGAAUGAUCAUUAAU